CUCAGAAACUCUCUUGCUUCCCCUUUCAUCCCGUAGACCUUGUGGGAGGGAGGACUCUACAAGCUCCGAAUGCUGUUCAAAGAUGACUACCCGUCCUCUCCACCCAAAUGUAAGUUCGAGCCGCCGAUAUUCCACCCCAACGUCUACCCAUCAGGCACCGUGUGUCUGUCCAUCUUAGAGGAGGACAAAGACUGGCGGCCGGCCAUCACCAUCAAGCAGAUCCUGCUGGGCAUUCAGGAGCUGCUGAACGAGCCCAACAUUCAGGACCCGGCACAAGCAGAGGCCUACACGAUUUACUGUCAGAACAGGAUGGACUAUGAGAAGCGGGUCAGGGCACAAGCCAGGAAGUUCGCUCCCACAUAGAGGGGAGGAUCAGCCGGAGGCGACAGGAAGCACCUGAAGGACCACUCCAAUAAGAAUCUGUUUAAAGUAUUAUUACACUGUCCCACAGGUGAAAAGCAAAGCAUCUUUUCUUUUUCUUUUUUUUUUCCUUUGUCCCUUUUCAAACUACAAAAACACAAAUGAUUGUACAUGUAAUAAGUAUUUUUGCAUUUUAAAUGCAUUAGCGUUGGCGCAAGUGCUCAGCUCACUCAUUUCGUCAAGCUGUACAAAUAAGAACCCACUCCUAAAUCCUCCGAAAUCCUCAACUGGUUUUGUUUUGCAGUAAAGAAGGACGUUUCACACGGUUUACCUUCUUCCCAACCAUUAGUGCUCAGACGUUAGUGUGCUUAUGUGUCCAUUAGUGUGCCUACAACUGGAGAUAAGGCUAGAAAUUAUACACACCGGUCAGGUUGGAGUCAAAAGAAAAAGACAAUCCUGAUGCUUGUUAUGAAAUCGGCAGAGGAGGAAGUACGUCAGUAUAUCUUGGCUCUGGAAUGAGAAAAAGCAGAGAGAGUCGAGUCUUUUCUCCACAUACUCCUCUGUUUUUCCAGUUUGAGACACUUGGUGUAUAGAUUGUCAUUGUGAAUCCAGCUGAAAGUGAUGAAAUCAUUCGUUAUCAGUGUGUCGUCCCCUUCUAAGAUACUGUAGCUUCAUGUAGAUAAGCUCCAUUGUGGGGAGGGAAAAAAACAAAUCAAAAGCAAAGCGGUGACUGUUAGUCGUUGGCCACUUUCAUUUGGUCAUUUCUAAACCAACAAUGCUUCCACGUCUAUGAAAAAACAAGUCCGAACCGGCUCCGAAGGAUCCCCGUCGGAACGGCCUCUCUGCAGCAAAGACGGACUGAAGAAAGUGCACUUGUGAAUAAACUGAGGCCUGACUUUCUCUUUUCUGUGGGCCUCUAAAUAUGAGUGCAUGUACAUAAUAUAAAUAAACUGUGGAAGUAAUGUUUUAUAUUAUUUUAGCCAGUUGAUAAACAUUGUAUGUGGUUAUUGUAAGAAAAGGAAAUAAAUGAUCUAAAAAUUGUCAAAUAAAGUGAAAUGAAAGAAUCG